UGUCAACUAAGCUCACCUCACGACGACUACUGCGUCAGACUCAGUAAAUUUCCCUCUUUGUGUUAUACGUUCAAACAGCUCGCCACCAAUGGCAAGUUCGAAAGCAAGUCAUUGAACCCUCCAAAAAUAUGAUAGAAGAUCGUUCUACGCACAAUAUUAGGAUGAUCGAGACCCUUCAGAACUUCCAUCUCUCCCCAAACGCUACUCUCGUUUCCCUUCACCUUCUUCUUUGGAAUAACCUUCAAGGCCACCUCAACUGUUAUUUCGUCAUCUAUGUACUGGAGAAAGUACUUGUACGCGAAGGUGGUUUGUGUACGUCGGGGGAUAAGGCAACCGCUGCACCUCGGCGGGCUAUUGGUAUCUGUCCUGGAGAAUAUGACGUGCGACCCAACUUACCAUCACCUGUCCAAAAGACCCCUUGCCGAGAACUUGGUGUAUCUCAUAGAACUUUUUCUUUGAGAAAGAAGGAGGUUGCGGAAGCAGCGAGUCUUUAAGGCUUUGCAUCGCACGCCCCGUCGCACGAAGAGCUGGUAUUAUUACUUAAAAGUCGACUGUAGGUUCAGGGCAAGGGUACGGUCCAAAUGAACGGAGCAUUACCACUUACAAACAGAAUGUUAAAUAUUUAUACAUAAAUAAUCAUUGCCGCUGCCCG